AUGGAGAAGCUGCUGAGGAAAUGUCAGAUCAGAAACCAGCUGGUCAGGGAGUGCAUGGCUGAGUGUCUGGGAGUCUACGUCCUCAUUCUGUUUGGAUGUGGCUCUGCUGCCCAGGUGACCACAAGUCACGAGAAGAACGGCCACUAUCUGUCCAUCAAUCUGGGCUUUGCUUUUGGAGUCACAUUCGGGAUCUUUGUGUCUCGUGGAGUCUCAGGAGCCCAUCUGAACCCUGCCGUGUCUCUGAGUUUGUGUGUUCUGGGCAGACAUCCGUGGACAAAGCUGCCGUUCUACGUCUUCUUCCAGGUUGUCGGAGCCUUUCUGGCUGCAGCCACAGUCGGUCUGCAGUACUAUGACGCCAUCCAAGCAUACGGCGGCGGUGAGCUGACGGUGACGGGUCCCACGGCCACAGCAGGAAUAUUCUCCACCUACCCAGCCGACUACCUCAGCACGUGGGGAGGCGUCGUGGACCAGGUGAUAGGCACGGCCGCCCUGCUGCUGUGCGUCCUGGCUCUGGGGGACCAGAGGAACACUUCCCUCCCUGACGGCCUCCAGCCGGUCCUGGUGGGAGCAUUAGUUAUGGUCAUUGGUGUCGCCAUGGGCUCCAACUGCGGCUACGCCCUGAACCCGGCCAGGGAUUUUGGACCUCGGUUGUUCACGUACAUUGCCGGCUGGGGGGCGGAUGUUUUCAGUGCUGGAGGAGGCUGGUGGUGGGUUCCCAUCGUGGCCCCAUGUGUUGGGGCGCUGCUGGGAACGCUGAUCUACGAGCUGAUGGUUGAAGUCCACCAUCCUCCUAUUGUUGAGUCCCAGACCUCCAGUCAGGAGGCCAAGAACGGAGUUGAACUUGAAGGGGUGGAACCAGAUGGAGAGAAACCUACAGAAGUAAAAAGUUGA